GGUUGGAAGUGCUUAAGGUAGUGUCGUUUUUAGGUCUCAUUUGCAAUUCGAUUCGUCCUGUCAAGCUGUUCAACUUGUAAAUUAAAGAAAAAAUUAAAUUCUUAACCAGACGGAACGCAAGUUUAAGUUUAAGAAGAGAAUCCCAAAACGAAACGAAUCCCGGAAGCAAUGCCGCGCGGUAAGUUCUUAAACCACAAGGGGCGCAGUCGCCAGUUUACUCCGGUUGAAGAACUGCAACGUGAGCAGGAGCUGGAAGGGAGUCUAAAAUCGAUAGACGGCAACAACUUGGACGAGUGCGUCGAGGAGACCAUAUUCGAUGGUGACAACAGCAACGACAACAGCCAUGACAAGGUCAUUGAGAGCGGCAAUGGGAUUACCAAGGGCAAAAAGCUGGGCGGAGCCGUUGAGGGCCUCAUCGAGAUCUCCAAUCCGAAUCGUCCGAUCAAGAAAUCCCAAAAGUACGCACUGCUCACCGACGAGGCCAAGGGCCGCCUGCUCGAGGAUCCGCUAAUCGAUAAACGCCGUCGCGAGCGAGCCAGAGAAAAGCCGCGCUCCAACUCCAACCAAAAGACGACGAGCGAGGCGAACGCGGAUCUCGCCCGUUUGGCGUUGGUGCGUAAAAAGCGGGAAGCCGCCGCCGAGCAGCGUCUGGCUGCCAAAAAGGAGAACAACAGCUACCAGGAGGCGACGCCAUCGACGUCCAAAUCGGAUAUAUCCGUAAAGAAGAAGACGAACAAACACAAAUCGGGAGGAACGGGCACCACAGAUUUUCUGAAGAAGUCCAAUGCCGACAACGAGAAUCUCAGUAAAUUUGUAAAGGGCCGCAAUGGAAAUAAACGAAAUGUGAGCAUGCAGGCAUGAAAAAAUGACAAAAUGAGCGAAUGAGAGAAUGUUAACAAGAGAAAGGGCGAAAUUAAUUUAAAAAAAAAUAAAAAAAAAAAACAAAGUAGGCCUGCUCGGGAUUGCUGGCGCCCAUAUUAUAUACAUAUAAUAUGUAUAUAGAUAUAUAUAUAUAUAUAUAUAUGUAGAAUAUAUGUAUAUAAACCAGCCUUCAGUCAUUUCGAUUUCAUUUCAAGUUCAUUUCGAUUUGUAAAUUUUGAGUUACCUACACGAAUAAUAAAACAAAUAAAAACUUAA